UGUGCGCGUGCCUCCUGAGGUGAGUGGAGCCGCGUGAAGCCUCCUCUCUCUCCUCCUCCUCCUCUUCCUCCUCUCUCUCCUCGUGAGGAGCGCCUUCACUCGCGCAUCGGAGCACGGAGCGCGCGCACACAGACAUGGGAGCCGCGCGGAUCAGCACCGCGGAGAGCGGCCGGCUCCUGCUCCGCGUGCUCUGCGGUGUCCUGUCCGUGGCGCUCGCUCACGAGGGGGAGAAUCUCUCCGGUUUGUCCAAUAAUCCGGACAAGUCCAUCUUCGCCGUGCGCGAGAACAGCACCACGUGCCUCAUGGUGGAGUUCGCGGUCAAGUUCCUCGUGCCGUACGACGUGCUCGCGCUCAACGGGAUCGACCUGAUCACGGAGCAGGCGUCGUUCACUCUGCCCCGCAGCGCAGAGAUCGAGGGAAAAUGCGGCAGCGCAGACUCAGAAAUCCACAUCAGCUGGAAGAACAAAGAGUUUACACUGCGCAUCUACUUCAGCAAGGAGUUCCGUGACAAAGGUCUGGAGGUUUGGAAGAUCAACAAAGUGCAGUUUGUCUAUGACACGAGUGAAACGGCACAUUUCAUCAACGCCUACAACCCGGGGAAACACACGGCCAGCAGUCACCGUCUGUCGGCGCUCGUGACGCCCGCGGGCCGCUCGUACGUGUGCGCGGCGCAGCAGACGCUCACGCUCAUCUCCAGUGACCAUCAGAAGGGCGUCACCGUGUCCAUGUACGACGUGCAGAUACAGCCCUUUGACAUCACCUCCGACUUUGUCUUCAGCGAACCGUACAAGUGCAUCACAGACCAGAGGGAGCGUUUGGAGGAGACGCUGCCCAUCGUCCUCGGGGUCAUCCUCGGCCUCAUCAUCGUCAUCACUCUGGCCAUCUACCACUUCCACCUGAAGCUGAGCACCCCGGUGCCGCAGCUGCCCCGGGACCGCUCCCUCUACAAGAACAUGUGAGGCCCAGCGCCGCCUGCAGGGGGCGUCGCGGAGGCCCCAGCCAAAUGUACGCAAAAGAAUAUCAAGGCCAUAGAUUUAUAUACGAGUUAAAGGGGACGUGUUAUGCUUUAUUUAGGUUUUUAAAGAUGCGCUGUGUCACUUUUCCGUGCUCGUCUCUGUGGAGAUGUGAAAACUGUAACCUGUUCUUACGUGUGAUGUCAAGCGCUUGAUAAAUCUAAUGCUCUAUUGUGGAACAUUUCAAGUCGAGCAAUAAUAACACCGAGCACGAGGAGCUGGUGGCGUACCCCCCACCAGAAAAAUUACAUAGUGCACCUUUAAAUACAACUGCACAUCUUGUUUUAUUUAACGUUUGUGCGGAACUUUUUUUCAGCAACGAAUUUUAUUUCUGUCAGUUUGAAGAAUGGAAUAAGUUUGGACACAUCCUCUAAUUAAUUUUUAUUUAUUUAUUUAUUUUUUACUACUUCCUACAUUUUUUUAUACAAACAGAAGACAUCAAAUAUAUAAAGUACAAUAUAUGGAAUUAUUUAGCAUUGAAAAAAACUUAAAUAACUUUACUAAAUAUUUUUCAACAAAGCAAAGUAUGACAUUUUUUAAAAGUUGUUGAAAUGUUUUUCUUUACUACAUAAUUCCAUAUAUCUUAUUUCAUAUAUUUGACGUCUUCUGUGUGUUUAUAAAUGUAGAAAGUUGUAAAAAAUAAAUUUAAAAAACCUUUGACUGGCCGUAUAAAUGCUCAGAAUGAUCUUGUAGUGACUUUAAAAACACAGAGGAGCAUAAAAAGCGUUUACAUUUGCAUUAAAACAUGGUGGAAAAAAAAGUCUAAUUAGCUUAAUACCUCCCCUUUAACUAAGAGAACGUUAUUUUUCUGAACUUAAAUGUAUUAAACUGAGGCUCGUUUCAUCGUCCUGUAGCUGUUGACCUUUGACCCCGUCCCUGUCGCUGACCCCUGUCUCCGUCUGCACUGCAAAAAAAAAGACUUAAACUCAAAAUGAUCAUCUGAUUUGAGUCAUUUUAACGAGUUUAUUACAUUUUAAGUCAAAAUUUAAAUUGUUGGUGUGAAAUGUAUUUAUUUUUAGAUGAACAUGGUUUAAAGUGAAGGUUUAUGGUGGGAUUUAUAGUAUUUGUUGUAACUUUAAAGACAUUUAAGUGACUUUUAAGUUCUGCUUCCUCUUCACUAUGUGUCUGUAGGUGUUAGCAUACACAAUUAGCCGCUAUCUGUCUGUCACCAUGGCAACUACGAGGGAAGUCAGUCGCAGUGCACGGGGAAUUUUAUUGUUAUUAUUAUUUAUUUAAUGUAUUUAUUGUAUUUUUUUGUAUUUCCCCUAAAACCAAUGGCAAUAAAUCACAAACAAUAUUAUACAGCCAAGUCCUAAUGUGAAUUUAACGUGAUUUAACGGGGCACUGUGUAACUUUUCGCUCGAGGGUUUGUCCUUUUGCUCGUCUCCAUGAAGAGGUUAGUUCUUUGGUUGUCUCUUUUUGGCAGGUGCGCCCCUGUCAGUUGUUGGCUCUUUUUGACAGAUUUGCCCCUGUCAACGGUUCUUUUUUUGCACUGCACUCCUGUCAGUCCUCUGUUGGUCGUGGGUUCUUUUUGGCAGGUGUACUCCUGUCUGCCAUCGGCUCUUUUUGGCAGAUGAGCCCCUGUCAGUCGCCGGCUCUUUUUCCCAAUGCGCCCCUGUCUGUCACUGACUCAUUUCGGCAGGUGCGCCCGUGUCAGUCAUCAGAUCUUCUUUCUGCAGAUGCGCCCCUGUCUGUCAUUGGCUCUUUUUGGCAGGUCCGCCCCUGUCAUUGUUUUAUUUAUGUAUUUUUUUCUUUGCAGUGCGCCCCUGUCUGUCAUUGGCUCUUUUUGGCAGGUCCGCCCCUGUCAUUGUUUUAUUUAUGUAUUUUUUUCUUUGCAGUGCGCCCCUGUCUGUCAUUGGCUCGUCAGUCGUCAGUUCUUUUUUGCAUUGCUCCCCUGUCGGCUGUUGGUUCUUUUCUGCAGAGCAUCCUUGUCUGUCACUGACUUGUUUCAGCAGGUGCGCCCCUGUCAGUCAUCAGAUAUUUUUUCGGCAGGUGCGUCUCUGUCUGUUAUGGGCUCUUUCUGCUCCUGUCAGUCGUCGGUUCUUUUCUGCAGUGCACCCCCGUCUAUCAUCGGCUCUCUCUGGCAGGUGCGCCCCGUCAUCGUCGUUUUUCUGCAGGUGCACCCCUGUCGUUGUUUUUUUUACAGGUGUGCCCCUGUCGUCGUCGUUUUUCCGCAGGUGCACCCCUGUCGUCGGCCUCACGUCGAACGCUGCCGUCGUGUUGUGUGGACUUGGUCUUGUGAAUCGUGCAGUGGCAUAAACUCGGCUCAUCUCUGGUGUUUUUUGCUUUGAGCCUGUUCCUCUGGUUUAAAUCACGUCUCUGAAUGAAUCUGAAUGUGUCUGUAAAAAAAUAACUCACUAUUGUACAUUUGAAUUAAAAAAAAUAAUAAACAAAAUGGAGGAUAUUUUCCAGAAAAGAGUCUAUGCACAAACCUCAGCCAAUGCAAACCAGAGCAGUGUCUGAUUCACCACGAAUAAACUCAUGAAUCUACAG